AUGGAAGGAAGUGAUGAACCUGAUCAGCCUAUCUCAGCAGGGAGGCAAGAAAUUCGAAAGAAAAGAAGACCUAGCCAACCAAUGGUAGACAAAUCCCAACAGACUGACAUAUCAGAGAUAAAAUGUCUCUUGCCUAUACCACAACCCUGUGGCCCCAAAGCUAACCUUAAUAUUAGUAAUAUUCCUGAAAGCAGAGUCAACUAUGAGUCUCUUAGAUUAUCUUCUCAGCUUCAGCAAACUUGGACAAAGAGAAAGCGUGGGCAAGAUAAGGUUGAUAAAUGUUUGCAGACAGACAUUAUUCCUGAAGAGAUAAAGGAACCCAAGCCAGGUGAUGCCACAGUGGUACCUAAAGAAAAACCAGCGGCUGUUGGAGAAGCAGCUGCUGAGUUUCCAGAGAGUGUUCAUGGAGCAGAAAUUCCAUCAAGCAAACACUCAGGUCAACAAAAAUUAGAUGGAUCUGAUCAAACCACUCAUACUGGAGAUGAAGACAAAGAACAGAAGAGCUUUGGUGAAACGAAAAUAGUUACUGGCAGGCCAAGUAGUUCUUUUUCAAAGUCAAAUGAUGCUGUGCAGAAACGUAAAUCCUCAGGGAAGACUUUAAUUACUGAGCAUCCUGAAUUUCAACCUGCAACAAGUAGCAAUGAGGAAAUUAGGAAGAAAAGUACCAACAGAUCUUCAUUUAGUCAACAGAUCAAAGAAGACACUCCAAUACUUUUAUAUGAGCAUGACUAUGUAGUUGAAGUAAGGCCUGCAACAGUAGAAAAGAUCUCUGCUGAAGUGCAAUCUCCACCAGCUGAGGAGGCCGCUGCAGAAGAGGCCCCAGUGAAAAUUGAGUCUCCACGAGCUGAGAGGGCCCCUGCAGAAAAGGCCCCAGUGAAAGUUAAGUCUCCACCAACUGAGAAGUUUCCUGCAGAAGAGACCCCAGUGAAAGUUAAAUCUCCACCAGCUGAGAAGGUUCCUGCAGAAGAGGCACCAGUGAAAAUUAAGUCUCCACCAGCUGAGAAGGUCCCUGCAGAAGAGGCCCCAGUGAAAGUUAAGUCUCCACCAGCUGAGAAGGUCUCUGCAGAAGAGGCCCCAGUGAAAGUUAAGUCUCCAUCAGCUGAGAAGGCCUCUGCAGAAGAGGCCAAAGUGAAAGUUAAGUCUCCACCAGUUGAGAAGGUCUCUGCGGAAGAGGCCCCAGUGAAAGUUAAGUCUCCACCAGCUGAGAAGGUUCCUGCAGAAGAGGCACCAGUGAAAAUUAAGUCUCCACCAGCUGAGAAGGUCUCUGCGGAAGAGGCCAAAGUGAAAGUUAAGUCUCCAACAGUUGAGAAGGUCUCUGCAGAAGAGGCCCCAGUGAAAGUUAAGUCUCCACCAGCAGAGAAGGUCUCUGCGGAAGAGGCCCCAGUGAAAGUUAAGUCUCCACCAGCAGAGAAGGUCUCUGCGGAAGAGGCCCCAGUGAAAGUUAAGUCUCCACCAGCAGAGAAGGUCUCUGCGGAAGAGGCCCCAGUCUCUGCGGAAGAGGCCCCAGUGAAAGUUAAGUCUCCACCAGCAGAGAAGGUCUCUGCGGAAGAGGCCCCAGUGAAAGUGAAGUCUCCACCAGCUGAGAAGGUCUCAGCAGAAGAGGCCCCAGUGAAAGUUAAGUCUCCACCAGCUGAGAAGGUCUCUGAGGAAGAGGCCCCAGUGAAAGUUAAGUCUCCACCAGCUGAGAAGGUCUCUGAGGAAGAGGCCCCAGUGAAAGUUAAGUCUCCACCAGCUGAGAAGGUCUCUGCAGAAGAGGCACCAGAAGAGGCCUCAGUGAAAGUUAAGUCUCCACCAGCUGAGAAGGCCUCUGCAGAAGAUGCCCCGGUGAAAGUUAAGUCUCCACCAGCUGAGGUGGCCUCUGUGGAAGAGGCCCCAUCUCCACCAGCUGAAGCGGCCUCUGUAGAAGAGGCCCUUGUGAAAGUUAAGUCUCCAUCAGCUGAGGCGGCCUCUGCAGAAGAGGCCCCAGUGAAAGUUAAGUCUCCACCAGGUGAGAAGGUCCCUGCAGAAGAGGCUCCAGAGAAAAUUAAGUCUCCUUCAGCUGAGGCGGCCUCUGCAGAAGAGGCCCCAGUGAAAGUUAAGUCUCCACCAGGUGAGAAGGUCCCUGCAGAAGAGGCUCCAGAGAAAAUUAAGUCUCCAUCAGCUGAGGCGGCCUCUGCAGAAGAGGCCCCAGUGAAAGUUAAGUCUCCACCAGCUGAGAAGGUCCCUGCACAAGAGUCUCCAGAUAAAGUUAAGUCUCCACCAGCUGAGGCGGCCUCUGCAGAAGAGCCCCCAGUGAAUGUUAAGUCUCCACCUACUGAGAAAGUCCCUGCAGAAGAGGCCCCAGUGAAAGUUAAGUCUCCACCAGCUGAGGCGGCCUCUGCAGAAGAGGUCCCAGGGAAAGUUCAAUCUCCACCAGCUGAGAAGGUCCCUGCAGAAGAGGCCCCAGUGAAAGUUAAGUCUCCACCAGCUGAAGUGGCCUCUGCAGAAGAGGUUCCAGUGAAAAUUAAGUCUCUAUCAGCUGAGCACGCCCCAACUGAAAAGAUCGCUGCUGAACUUCAUCGUCCACCAACUGAAGAAACGACUUCAGAAAUGGUCUCUGUUGCUACAAAACUUUCAUCUUCUGAAGAGGCCAAUAUUUCAAAUAUCUCUUCAAAACACUCCAUUGAUGAAGUUCAGUCUCCACCAUCUACAACACCUUCUGCAGAUGAGGCUCUGGUAGAGAGUGUAUCUACUGAAUUUCAAUCUUCCAUAACAAUAGAUGUUCCGGAAUUAGUAACUUUAAAAGACAAUCCAAAAUUUGAAGGGCCUUUUCCAUUGCCUGUUGUUCCUGAAUAG